UCGGCUUAGCGUCCAUUGGUGGACAGCCCAAGUAAUGACUAGCGUCAACCAAGUCACAUACUGACUAGGACAACAAUAAACAUACAACUGGCGCGUCCCUCCACGGAUCAUAGCCUUUGGAAACGGGAAUUAUCCGUCGUACGAUGUACAGGUGUUAGGCGUCUGGUAGUCUUGGGGGCAUAUUCCACUCUCCACGCGUCCGCAAGGUACGUGGGUGGCUCACUCCAUGGAAACGGCGAUCACGCUCGCGGCAUAAUCAUAAUUGAACCUCUUCAAGACCGCCGCCGCCAGGCGUCAGCGAUUGUGUUGCCGACGACGCAGCCGGCUUGCGCCUUAGGCUCGCUCUGCGAAACACACCAUCGCUGUUCAACAACAUGCCCAAACAACCCCGGGCUUGCCAGCAUACAACCCUCCAGCUCGAGCCAUCGGCGUGCGCCGCUCGUGUCGGCUUUACGCCCACUGCCGCCACCGAGCUCCUCGCGGCGGCCGAAUUAUCCGGGGAAACUCACCACGAUGGUGUUGUUGGCACGGCGGAAGCGGUGGUAAAAGAGCUGUCGGCGUUCUUCCCGGCUCCUCUGAUCCUGCCGGGGGACGAACUCGCCUACGAGCCCACCGAGGAAGGGCAGUCGUGUCACGAGUGGCUGCAUGAGACGGAGAGGAACCAGCCCAUGGCGAAGCGCGGGACUCUGUAUGUUGCUUCUGUGCCAAGGAUCGAUCCGGAAGUCAAGCACGUCGAGACGUGGACAAGGCCAGGAGCCGCGGCGGCGCGAAAAACCCCUCCAGGUGAUGCGUCGCUCCUCCAGCCGCCCCAAGCCGAGGACAUUAUCGACUUCCUGAGCGCAUUCUACCACGGCGUACCAGUAAAGCCGUUUCCGCAGCAGCUACGGUUCGUCGCCUGGGACGGCGAAACGGACAGAGAGGACGUGCGCAACGGCAUGUCCUACAUUGGCCUCGCCACAACACGGGAUAACAACUGCACCCGGAUCCGCGCGCGUACAUCGCCUGACGGGGAGGUCUUCCCGAAGCAGCUCAACCUCGAGGACAUUCUGGACGCGGGCAUCGAGAUGCUGCCCGGCGACGCGUACGCGCUGCUACUCCUGGUCGACCACGACCUGUACGAGAGCGACGAAGACGACUUCUGCUGCGGCCGGGCGUACGGCGGGAGCCGGGUGUGCGUGGUGCAGACGGCCCGGUACCACCCGGCGCUCGACGCGCACGCGGGCAUAGACGCGGCGCACAUGUGGCCCACGUCGCACUGCAAGACCUACCUCGACAAGCUGUGCCGCGCCGAGGGCAUCAGUGUCGCCUCCGGCGGCGGCCGGGGGUCUGCUGCUGCCGCUGCUGCGGGCGGCAGCAGCAGCAGCAGCAGCAGCAGCAAGCCACCUCUGCGAGCUGCCGUUGACGCCGCUGUCCAGGCCGCACAAGGUUCACUCACAGGAAAAACCUCUACUGUCGCCACCACGUCCGGCAGCGGCACACCUGCUGCCGGGGCGGUAUCGCAAGCAGACCAGGAGGCAAUGGGCCGCCCCAGCCCGGCACAGCGACAGCGACAGCAGCAGCAGCAGGGCCUCUGGCUCUCCCGCCUGGCCAGGACGACGGCGCACGAGCUCGGGCAUUGCUUCGGCAUGGACCACUGCGUGUACUACGCCUGCCUGAUGCAGAGCACAGCCAGCAUGGCCGAGGACGUGCGGCAGCCGCCGUACUUGUGUCCCGUGUGCCUGAACAAGGUCGCGCACGCUGUUGCGGGGGAGCUGCUGCCAGGGACUCGAGGAGGGAAGAUGAGAAAAAUGCAGCAGCCACAGAAGAAGAAGGCAGCAACAACGAGAGGAGGAUCUCGUGAUGUGCUACGGGCAGCCGAGGCGCCGGAGACGACGGACUACCUGAUCCAGAGAUACGCAGCCAUCGCCGACUUCUGUGGCAAGUGGGCGCCGCACGUAGGCAUGUUUGCGGGAUACAGGGCGUGGGCGCUCGCGAGGAUUGACAGCUUGCAGGGCGGGAGCAGCCGCCGCUCCCCAGAGGGCCCAGAGGGACGGCAGGUCAUCAUAAUCUUGGACGACUGAUUCCCCAGCGUUGCACGCACGGGCGAUGGGAGGCCCCAUUGAUCAUUGCACCACUGGACUCUGAUCGGGAGAUGUAGAGCAGGUGGUCCUCAUGCUGUCCGGGAAGAAAAACACCAGAAUCUUCCUACACGGUCGAUGAUGCGGUGCCUUUGCUGCUUGCUGCGGCCUUGAUGCUAAUCUUGUCUCUUGAAGCAGACUCCCAAAUCGCCUCACUCCACUGAAAAGAAAUAUUGA